CAAAUAUAUAUACCCAAAUAUAUAUACAACGGGAUACUUCAAGCUUGGAUGGGGGUAUAGCAUUGCUUGAGAAAAUUCAGAGAGACAGUUACGUUGAUGACAUCAAAACUUGAUAUCAACUCCAAUUCUAAUCAGGGGAAUUCUUCGAUAAGGAAAAAGAGGACCGAUAGAUCUAGUGACGAUGGUUGCUUGCGUGAGAAUAAGAAGAUCAAGCUUGAUUCUUUGUUGCAGGGCUUGAGCUUGGGUGAUGACGAUCAGAAUGAGAAGCGUGAAAAGACCAGUGAAAAGACCAGUGAAAAGACCAGUGAAAAGACCAGUGAAACGACCGGUGAAAAGACCAGUGAAAAGACUAGUCUAUUGACAAAAGAAAAGGCAGAAAAUGAAACAGAAAGAGCCUGUGUUGAUACGGAGGACGAAAACGAAUUUGAUAUACCCACCACCCACUCGUUCAUAAGGAGAAAGUCGUCGCCCAAACCUCCGAGUGAUUCACCAUCAUAUAGUGUAAAUCCAUCACUAAAACUUAACAAGUAUAGUGUAUUCAAGCCGUCUAGCUCUUCGACUCCAGGAAGUGGCUCUAAUUCUAUCGACUCUUAUAUAACAGAUCGGUUGAUGGAGCAUUUCCAGAAUAUCAUUCAGCUGGGAAAUACAUUGAUUCAUUGGUACAGGCCGUUUUCCUUGAUAGUAUAUCGUUUCCAAAAAUGGACGUUAAGGUUAUUCAACCGGUUUUUAAGAAAAUAUUAUGCAUUACAAAAUAAUAAUAAUAUUGGCUAUAAGAAAUUCCGACCAUUCAAAUUCUAUUAUAAAAUAAUGAAUUUGAUCGAUUCAAAAGAGAUCAAUUUCACUUAUCAAGACUUAAUCAAUAUAUUAGAUCAAGAAACAAAAUUGGAACUAGAAAUAAUCAAAAAGAAGAGAAUAUCAAGGGAGGAAUCAAAUAGAAAUUCGGAUAAUGAAUACUCUGAUAUUAAUAUUCAAGAAUUAAAGUAUAAUUACUGGGAUAGACUACCAGGACUUAGCAAAGAUCUAGAAAUGAGUGAAUCAAGUAUGGCAGACAAUGAAAAUGUUAAACUUUUUGAACUACAUGACAAUACCCUGUAUAAUAGUAAUGAUUAUGAUUAUGACGACAUGGAUAUGGAUAUGGAUAACGAUCUAGAAACGGCUGCAAAUCUGAUUGCAGGUCUGAUCGAAUCCAAUUACGGCCUGUAUUAUUACGACUAUCGAGACGCAACCAAUCAAGGUUUUCAGAAUAAUAUAGUAGCAGAUAUUAAUAUAUAACUUGCCU